AUGGAUAUAAGCAAUGAGGCCCGAGUCGACUCAAUCGGGCUGUCGACCCUUUCGGGCCAAACAAUCGCCUUUAAAGUCUUGCUCUGCAAUUCCAUCUCACACUUGAGGCAUCAGAUUCUCAGGAUGCUUUUAACCCACCUUCACGAAUUCAAAAACCGAUUUUUUAAUAAUCGCUACAUAUCGCCCCUCGUCUCGUGGUUCCACCCACGAAACCCGCAAGGCGUACUCUUAGUGAUCCCGCUAAUAGCUUUCGUGCUAAUAAGGCCUCUCACGAAUGUGAAAAAAUUGGUCGAGAUGGCUUACCGGAGAAAAUUCUGCCGGAAAAUAAUGCAGGCCUCGUUAACAUACGAGGAGUGGGCCCACGCAGCCAAGAUGCUCGACAAAAUGAGUCCGAGACGGAAAGAUGCCGACUUUUAUGACGAGGAGCUCGUGAGGAAUAAAGUCCAAGAGUUUCGCCAAAGGCGGCAAGAGGGUUCCAUUCGAGACAUCACAUUCUACAUGAGAGCUGAUUUAGUUAGAAAUUUCGGCAACAUGUGUAAUCCCGAGCUUCACAAAGGAAGGCUAAACGUGCCGAAGCUAAUAAAAGAGUAUAUAGAUGAGGUCACCACACAGUUAAGAAUGGUGUGUGGUUCAGGUUCAGGUUUGGGCUCGGGGGAGCUUACUCUAGAAGAAAAAAUCACUUUCAUGCACGAGACUAGGAACUCGUUUGGCCGGACAGCUUUGCUUUUGAGUGGAGGAUCUUCUUCUCUAGGAGCUUUUCAUUUUGGUGUGGUUAAAACAUUGGUCGAGCACAAGCUUUUGCCUCGGAUAAUAGCCGGGUCGAGUGUCGGGUCCAUAGUAUGUUCGGUUAUCGCGACCCAUUCUUGGCCCGAGCUCACGAGCAUUUUCGAGGAUUCGACUAAGUUUUUCAACCAGAUUUGUGGGGUCUUCGCUGUUUUCAAAAGGGCCACAACUCGGGCCUCGGCCCACGAAAUUUGGCAGUUUCAGAUGAUUUUGAGGCGUCUGACGAAUAAUCUGACUUUUCAAGAGGCCCACGACAUUACGGGCCGAAUACUCGGGAUCACCAUUUGUUCCCCGAGAAAAAACGAGCCACCUAAAUGUCUUAAUUAUUUAACUUCGCCACAUGUCGUGAUAUGGAGCGCCGUCACAGCUUCUUGUGCUUUUCCCGGGCUUUUCGAGAACCAACAGCUCAUGGCUAAGGAUAGGAAUGGAGAGAUUGGGCUUUUCCCGGGCUUUUCGAGGCCUGGGAGCUCAAGCUCGGCUCGUAGGUGGAGAGAUGUGAGUUUGGAGAUUGAUCUGCCUAAGAUGCAGCUGAAGGAGCUUUUUAAUGUGAAUCAUUUUAUCGUGAGCCAGUCGAACCCGUACAUUACUCCCUUGCUGAAGAUAAAGGAGAUUAUUGCUCGUUUAGCCGAGAUGGAGGUGAAACACAGGUGUAAUCAGAUGUUGGAGCUCGGUUUUUCGAUCGGAGGACUUGUGAAGCUCUUUGCUCAGGAUUGGGAGGGUGAUGUCACUAUUGUAAUGCCUGCUAAUUUGCCUCGGCUGUCGAAGAUGAUACAAAAAUAUCCGUCACACGGGGAGCUCCAGAAGGCGGCCAACAAUGGUCGCCGCUGCACGUGGGAGAAGCUGCCGGUUAUCACGGCCAACUGCAGAAUCGAGCUCGCAAUCGACGAGUCCAUCUCCAUCCUCAACCACAUGGGCCGCAUCAAACGCUUCCUCUCGUGGGCUGCCGUGGCCCACGAGAACUUGGACUUGGAAGAUGAAGAAUCGGGCCUCGGCUCGUGGGCAUGCGGGCCGAGCAUUGUGGUGGACGACGCGAAUUUAGUCUUAGACGUUGUGAGGAGAGAGGUCUCGGUUGCUUCUGAGUGUGAGCAGAUCGAGUUAACGGAUAGGGAAAUGGAUUACACAUGCUCGGGCUCGGAGAGUGAUGAUGCGAAUAGUGAUGAUGUUGGGCCGGGCCGGGCCCGUAAAGAUGGUUUUUUGGAUGGUUGA